CCGAGGCGAGGUCCGCACUCCUCGUCCCCGCGGCUGGCGCAGGACCUCACUCGAGCGGAGCGCCCACGGGGAGCGGGUCGCGGGGCGGCGGCGACGAGGAGGAGGCGAGAAGGAGUUGCGGGAGGAGGAGGAGGCGAGGGAGAGCGAGCCGAGCGGGGUCCCGGCCGCCCCGCGGGCCAGAAUCAAGCCCUCCCGCCCGUGGGCGAGCGCGCCAGCCGCCCCUUCCAGAAGAGCCACCGUCACAAAGGAGGACGGGCAGGCGCCGAGCUCCCCAUGCCCUCCUGAAGUGGCGCGGUCCCUGCUGAGUCCGCCGCCCGGGCCGAGCCCCGCGCCCCCGUGCGUCCCCGUGCGCCUCCAAGCGCCCCUGUGCGCCCCAGCCUGCGCCCCGCCGGCAUGGACGUCCACACCCGCUGGAAAGCGCGCAGCCCGCGCCGCCCGGGCGCCCCGCUGCUGCCCCCGCCGCUGCCGCUUCUGCUGCUCCUGCUGCUGUGGGCGCCGCCUCCGAGCCGCGCAGCUCAGCCAGCAGAUCUCCUGAAGGUUCUAGAUUUUCCCAACUUGCCUGAUGGAAUAACGAAGACCACAGGUCUCUGUGCGACGCGGCGAUCCUCCAAAGGCCCGGACGUAGCCUACAGAGUCACCAAAGACGCGCAGCUCAGCGCGCCCACCAAGCAGCUGUACCCGGCAUCUGCGUUUCCUGAGGACUUCUCCAUCCUAACCACUGUGAAAGCCAAGAAAGGCAGCCAGGCCUUCCUGGUCUCCAUCUACAACGAGCAGGGCAUCCAACAGAUCGGGCUGGAGAUGGGGCGCUCUCCCGUCUUCCUCUACGAGGACCACACGGGGAAGCCCGGGCCGGAGGACUACCCCCUCUUCAGGGGCAUCAACCUGUCGGAUGGCAAGUGGCACCGGAUUGCUCUCAGUGUCCACAAGAAAAACGUCACCCUGAUCCUCGACUGUAAGAAGAAGAGCACCAAGUUCCUCGACCGCAGCGACCACCCCAUGGUAGACGUGAACGGCAUCAUCGUGUUCGGCACGCGCAUUCUGGACGAGGAGGUGUUCGAGGGUGACAUCCAGCAGCUGCUCUUUGUCUCGGACCACCGGGCAGCUUACGAUUACUGCGAGCACUACAGCCCCGACUGUGACACCGCGGUUCCUGACACCCCACAGUCGCAAGACCCCAAUCCAGAUGAAUAUUACCCAGAAGGGGACGGCGAGGGUGAGACCUAUUACUAUGAGUAUCCCUACUACGAGGACCCGGACGACCUGGGGAAGGAGCCCACCCCCACCAAGAAGCCCGUGGAAGCUGCGAGAGAAACCACCGAGAUCCCCGAGGAGCUGACCCUGCCCCCUACGGACGCCGCCCCUACACUCGAGACCAGCGAAAGGGCUGGGGAGGAAGAGGACCCUGGCAUAGUGGACUACGACUACGUGCCCAGCGAGGACUACUACACGGCCUCCCCUUUCGACGACCUCAACUACGGCGAGGGCAUGGAGAACCCCGACCAGCCCACCGACCCCAGCGCAGGCGCCGAGAUUCCCACCAGCACUGUUGACACCACCAACGCCUCCAACCCAGCUCCAUCUCCCGGGGAAGGAAGGGACGACUUGGAGGGAGAGUUCACCGAAGAAACCAUCCGGAACCUCGACGAGAACUACUACGACCCGUACUACGACCCCACCAUCUCCCCCUCGGAGAUCGGGCCUGGGAUGCCGGCGAACCAGGACACCAUCUACGAAGGGAUCGGAGGACCUCGCGGCGAGAAAGGCCAAAAGGGAGAACCAGCCAUCAUCGAGCCGGGCAUGCUCGUCGAGGGGCCGCCUGGCCCGGAAGGCCCCGCCGGUCUUCCUGGACCUCCAGGAACUACUGGUCCCGUAGGCCAAGUCGGUGACCCUGGAGAAAGGGGUCCCCCUGGACGCCCAGGCCUUCCUGGGGCCGACGGGCUGCCCGGCCCCCCCGGGACCAUGCUCAUGCUGCCGUUCCGAUUUGGCGGUGGUGGUGACGCAGGCUCCAAAGGCCCCAUGGUCUCAGCCCAGGAGUCCCAGGCGCAAGCCAUCCUCCAGCAGGCCAGGCUGGCAUUGAGGGGACCGGCUGGCCCGAUGGGUCUCACGGGGAGACCUGGCCCCAUGGGCCCGCCUGGGAGUGGAGGACUGAAGGGCGAGCCGGGAGACAUGGGGCCACAGGGUCCCCGAGGAGUGCAGGGCCCGCCUGGUCCGGCAGGGAAGCCCGGACGACGGGGUCGGGCUGGGAGUGACGGAGCCAGAGGAAUGCCUGGACAGACUGGCCCCAAGGGUGACCGCGGCUUCGAUGGCCUGGCUGGGUUGCCGGGUGAGAAGGGCCACAGGGGUGACCCUGGUCCUUCUGGUCCGCCAGGGCCUCCAGGAGAGGAUGGAGAAAGGGGUGACGAUGGAGAAGUCGGGCCCAGGGGCCUUCCUGGGGAGCCCGGGCCACGUGGUCUGCUUGGGCCAAAGGGGCCCCCAGGCCCUCCUGGACCUCCUGGUGUCACGGGUAUGGAUGGCCAACCAGGCCCCAAAGGAAACGUGGGUCCCCAGGGAGAGCCUGGCCCCCCCGGACAGCAGGGUAACCCGGGCGCCCAGGGUCUUCCAGGCCCCCAGGGCGCAAUCGGUCCUCCAGGAGAAAAGGGUCCCUUGGGUAAACCAGGCCUCCCAGGAAUGCCCGGUGCCGACGGACCCCCGGGGCACCCUGGCAAAGAAGGCCCUCCAGGAGAGAAAGGAGGUCAGGGUCCGCCUGGCCCCCAGGGUCCAAUCGGCUACCCAGGUCCUCGAGGAGUCAAGGGGGCGGACGGCAUCCGUGGCCUGAAAGGCACGAAGGGUGAGAAGGGUGAAGACGGCUUUCCUGGCUUUAAAGGAGACAUGGGCAUCAAGGGAGACCGGGGGGAGAUCGGCCCACCUGGUCCUAGGGGAGAAGAUGGCCCUGAAGGCCCCAAAGGUCGUGGAGGUCCCAAUGGCGAUCCUGGUACUCUGGGGCCCCCUGGGGAGAAGGGAAAGCUCGGCGUCCCGGGGUUACCCGGCUACCCAGGAAGACAGGGGCCCAAGGGCUCCAUUGGAUUCCCUGGAUUUCCUGGUGCCAACGGAGAGAAGGGCGGCAGGGGGAUCCCCGGGAAGCCCGGACCGAGGGGGCAGCGAGGCCCAACGGGUCCGAGGGGCGAGAGAGGCCCCCGGGGCAUCACUGGGAAGCCCGGCCCCAAGGGCAACUCCGGAGGUGAUGGCCCGGCCGGCCCUCCCGGUGAACGGGGACCCAACGGACCCCAAGGACCCACGGGGUUUCCUGGACCAAAGGGCCCCCCUGGCCCCCCGGGCAAGGACGGGCUCCCAGGACACCCUGGACAGAGAGGCGAGACGGGCUUCCAAGGCAAGACCGGCCCUCCGGGGCCCCCAGGCGUGGUUGGCCCUCAGGGUCCCACAGGAGAAACGGGCCCAAUGGGUGAGCGUGGCCAUCCUGGGCCCCCUGGCCCCCCGGGUGAACAGGGGCUCCCGGGCCUUGCUGGAAAAGAAGGGACGAAGGGUGACCCAGGCCCUGCUGGCAUCCCCGGGAAAGACGGCCCCCCGGGACUGCGUGGCUUCCCUGGGGAUCGGGGGCUUCCCGGCCCAGUGGGAGCUCUUGGACUGAAAGGCAGCGAAGGCCCUCCCGGCCCACCCGGCCCUGCGGGCUCUCCAGGGGAGAGAGGUCCAGCCGGUGCUGCCGGACCCAUCGGAAUUCCGGGGAGACCUGGGCCGCAGGGACCUCCAGGGCCGGCUGGAGAGAAAGGGGCUCCCGGCGAGAAGGGCCCACAAGGCCCUGCUGGCCGAGAUGGUCUCCAGGGUCCCGUGGGGCUCCCAGGUCCAGCUGGCCCUGUGGGUCCUCCCGGAGAAGACGGAGAUAAGGGCGAGAUCGGGGAGCCAGGGCAGAAGGGCAGCAAGGGAGACAAAGGCGAGCAGGGUCCUCCCGGGCCGACGGGUCCCCAGGGCCCCAUCGGACAGCCAGGCCCCUCCGGAGCGGACGGCGAGCCAGGUCCUCGCGGCCAGCAGGGCCUUUUCGGGCAGAAGGGUGAUGAGGGUCCCCGAGGUUUCCCUGGGCCCCCCGGGCCAGUGGGGCUGCAGGGCUUGCCGGGACCUCCAGGUGAAAAGGGUGAGACAGGAGACGUGGGCCAGAUGGGCCCUCCAGGUCCCCCUGGCCCCCGAGGACCCUCCGGAGCUCCAGGUGCUGACGGGCCACAAGGUCCUCCGGGCGGAAUAGGAAAUCCUGGUGCUGUGGGGGAGAAGGGUGAGCCUGGCGAAGCUGGCGAGCCUGGCCUUCCGGGAGAAGGAGGCCUCCCGGGACCCAAAGGAGAAAGGGGGGAGAAGGGCGAGUCCGGCCCUUCUGGUGCUGCGGGACCCCCCGGACCCAAAGGCCCUCCCGGAGACGACGGUCCCAAAGGCAGCCCCGGCCCAGUGGGUUUUCCUGGAGAUCCUGGCCCCCCUGGAGAGCCCGGCCCCGCGGGUCAAGAUGGUCCCCCUGGUGACAAAGGAGACGACGGUGAACCUGGGCAGACGGGAUCCCCGGGCCCCACUGGUGAACCAGGUCCGUCCGGGCCUCCAGGAAAAAGGGGUCCCCCGGGCCCUGCAGGCCCUGAAGGCAGACAGGGAGAGAAAGGAGCCAAGGGAGAAGCCGGCCUGGAAGGCCCCCCUGGGAAGACUGGCCCCAUCGGCCCGCAGGGCGCCCCGGGGAAGCCGGGGCCCGACGGCCUGCGUGGGAUCCCAGGCCCCGUGGGUGAACAAGGUCUCCCGGGGUCCCCAGGCCCGGACGGUCCCCCCGGCCCUCUGGGUCCCCCAGGACUCCCCGGCCUCAAAGGAGACUCUGGUCCCAAAGGUGAAAAGGGUCAUCCCGGCCUGAUUGGGCUCAUCGGACCUCCGGGUGAACAGGGUGAGAAGGGUGACCGUGGCCUCCCCGGCCCCCAGGGCUCGCCGGGUCCUAAGGGAGAACAGGGUAUCACUGGCCCCUCCGGCCCACUCGGACCCCCCGGCCCCCCUGGCUUGCCGGGUCCUCCGGGUCCAAAAGGUGCUAAGGGCUCCUCGGGUCCAACUGGCCCAAAGGGUGAGGCAGGCCACCCCGGACCCCCCGGCCCGCCGGGCCCCCCGGGCGAGGUCAUCCAGCCCCUGCCGAUCCAGGCGUCCAGGACGCGGCGGAACAUCGACGCCAGCCAGCUGCUGGACGACGGCAACAGCGAGAGCUACGUGGACUACGCGGACGGCAUGGAGGAGAUCUUCGGCUCGCUCAACUCGCUGAAGCUGGAGAUAGAGCAGAUGAAGCGGCCGCUGGGCACGCAGCAGAACCCCGCCCGUACCUGCAAGGACCUGCAGCUCUGCCACCCCGACUUUCCCGACGGUGAAUACUGGGUAGAUCCCAACCAAGGGUGCUCCAGGGACUCCUUCAAAGUUUACUGCAACUUCACGGCCGGAGGGUCGACGUGCGUCUUCCCGGACAAGAAGUCGGAGGGGAGUAAAAUGGCCCGCUGGCCCAAAGAGCAGCCCGCCACCUGGUAUAGUCAGUACAAGCGCGGCUCCCUGCUCUCCUACGUGGACGCCGAGGGCAACCCCGUGGGUGUGGUGCAGAUGACCUUCCUGCGGCUGCUGAGCGCCUCUGCCCACCAGAACGUCACCUACAACUGCUACCAGUCGGUGGCCUGGCAGGACGCAGCCACGGGCAGCUACGAUAAGGCCAUCCGCUUCCUGGGCUCCAAUGACGAGGAGAUGUCCUAUGACAACAGCCCCUACAUCCGCGCCCUGGUGGACGGUUGCGCUACCAAGAAAGGCUAUCAGAAGACGGUUCUGGAGCUCGACACCCCCAAAGUGGAGCAAGUGCCCAUCGUGGACAUCAUGUUCAAUGACUUCGGUGAAGCGUCACAGAAAUUUGGAUUUGAGGUGGGGCCGGCUUGCUUCAUGGGCUAGGAGCCGCAGAGCCCGGUCUUCCCAGCGCAACCUCGUGACCUCAGCACGUCGCUCGUGAGUGUCCCGUGCACACUCCGAUCCUGGACAGUGAAGGUUUCCUGCUCCCCUCCCACCCGACUUCAUCCACGCCCGGACCCCACGGUGCUGGACCCCAAGCCCAGAGGGAGGACAGAGGGAAGAGCCACGUCCCACCCGGAGCCGAAUCACAUGACCUAGCUGCACCACAGCCUGGGGCCGUGCCCACCCGGUCUACACCACAUGCCACAGGGACGCGGGCCACACCUCCCGCCCCGCUCGUAUGUCCUGUCCGCGAAUAAUUUGCAGGGGUGGGGUGGGGCUGCCGUGUUGGGAUGUCACGUUUUUGUUUUUAAAUUCAACUUGAAGAUGUGUAUUUCCCUGACCUUCAAAAGUGUUCUGAGGCGAGCCUGGUAAAGGCCACCCACCGUCACCAAAGCCUCUGUUUUUAACAACCCUCAACACAAUCCAUUUCGAGGCCAAAUGUCAUUCUGCAUGUGCCUUCCUGAUGGAUUAAAGGUGCUUAUGUUUUUGUGAGUUUUAAGUAAAUAUUUGUAUUGUAUUGUUAUAAAUGUUAAGUGUGCCUGGCCUUCCAUCAUGCACGGAACCAGCCUCGGUCCCACAGGACAGAGCGAGGGGGAGGGAGGGUUGUGGGCGCGGCCAGUUCCGGUCACAACCGGGGAGUCCCCGCCCCGCCGGGAGCAUGCAGUCCAUCGGAAGGUGCCGGCAGCCAGGCCUCGCGCCGCAGUGGGAAAGCAGCCACCAGCGCCCCUUCCAGACCGCGGUCCCAUCGGCUCUAGAGCUUUCUUGUUAUGGGGAGGAAAAAAGAAUUUGAUACUUUUGCCUCUUCUUCAGGCACUUAGACGAAAACCCAGACUUCAGUUGAUUUUAACUGCUUCCUCCUUCCAUUUUCCUUCCUGCGUAGCCUGACGGGAGAGUGUCCAGGGCAGGGAAACCACACUUUCUGUAGAUGACAAUUAAACGAAACUGGUGCUGACUUUUUACACUUCUCUCUUGUGGUGCUAUCUGUUUUAAGAUCUCCUUGAAGGCAACGCUGGGGCACCUGGCCAGCCUCAUUCUCCCUGCUUCCUUCAUCCCGGUGGCUGCCUCCCCUGAGUUUUUGCCGAGGACUCUGCGGCAACGCAGGUCGCCCUCCUGCCCACUGGGCACGGGCGCUGCGAUGGCGGCCAGUCUGCGCCGAGGCCUGUUACGAGCGCUGGGUUGUGCCUACUUGAUCUGGAAACACACACAAAAUAAAAAGACUCUUCCUGUGUUGUGCGUGGUGUAACCAGAGCAGACUGUAUUCGGUUGCCGAAUGUUUGUGGUGCUAAUUUCUGUGUCUGUUCCAAGAACUGAAUGGAAGCCAUUCGGUUGUCCCCUGCGCUGUCCCAGCCGGGCCGCCUUCGACGCGGCCUUGGCGGACGGAGAAAUGUGCAAUUAACUCUGUGAGUCUCUCCAGGGCUGCCAGCCGCUCCUCGUUCCCACAUAAGCAAUUCGACUUCCAUCCGCAAACGUCCUGGCCGCAGGUUUCCGCUGCUCUGGAGCCCGGGCUGGGAAGGUGCCCUCUGGGGACCUUCUCGUGCCGUCCGUCGAGGCCAGGGGGCUGCCGUGCUCGGGCAGGAGGACCCGCGGGGGCAGCCAGGAAAGGUGAGCCCUUGACUGUGAAAAGUGGCCCCACGCCACGCCCUUUCCUUCCACUGUGGGCCCCGCGGAGCUGCCGUGGCUCUGGUGCUGUCCACCCCCCGCCGCCUCAGCACGCGGCUCCCGCGUAGGAAACCGCAGCGGAGCAGCCCAGGACGGACACGUCCCCAACACAGACUUCCCGAAUUUCCCUGGAAAAACAAGCCUAGCUCUUGCCAAAGAAAAGUCUGGCUUGGAGAGUCUCUAGAGCCCAGGAUGCCAGCGUCUGCAGUGACUGUCACCUUCCUCUCUUCAAAAGAAAAGCCAUAUCGAGGAUUGUCAUGUGAUGCCCUGUGGAUUUUGUCUAGGUCAUGUGAUUCUGUUUUGAUUUCUCACCCCACCGGAUUUGUUCUUUUAUUUUGUCAUUUUCUUCCUCUGUCAGUCCCUUCAUGGUCACUGUAAUUCGUAUGGAAGUUCAAAAUGUGUCCCGUUGCCCCCAGACCACUCUAGCUACCUUAUAUUGCAAUAAAGUUACUUCUUAUAUUUGCAGAAA